GUGUGUAGCAUGAACAUGACCAACGCGCGUAUCCGUACCUCCGGCGAGCGGCCAACUGCCGCCUGGGGCUACAUGGGAUGUAACUACGCAGGAUUCGAGGCUCUCAGAGAUUAUUACGGUGAAAUUGUCGAAGAUCAGAAUUGUCAGGAAUGCGCAACUGUUGAUCGCACUCCCACAGUAUUUCAGCGCGACCCCAGCGACAGUUAUAGAGAUAGGGCUGAAGACCAGGAGGACGCCGAGUGGUUGCCAGAUGAUGACUCCAGCACAGACAGCGAGCCUUUGGAGUACGACGCCGAUACUGAUGACGGAAUUGAUGAUUUGUCUAUGGGCAAUGAUUGCGAUAUUUCUGACAAAGAUUGUGCGACACAUCGCAGUACCGUACGAGAAUUGUAUCAACCUUCAUUGAAGAGCUGUCCUCCGCAUGGCACAUGGGAUGUAGAUGGAAGAUAUCUGUACGUUCGAGACCGACGUUUCCGAUACCUGAAGGAUAUGCUGCAGGACCAAGAACAUGGCCCACCUCGAUUUCCGCUAGAGCAUAUCGCUAGCCCCUCUUGUGAGAGUGUGCAAGGCAUCAACGGCCGUAAGCUGAGCGUAGCGGAGAUGAAAGGCUGUCGGAACCACAGGUUCCUCAUGCCAAGGCCAUUCCAUCGGGUGCCACCUAAUUGGAAGCUUGAAGCUGCCGAUAACCUCUUCGAAAAAGACAGCUUGUUUGUGCUUUCGGGAGAAGCAAAUGGCUCCUACGGGUCGAUGGCGGGCCAAUAUGCCUAUCCGCCACGCUACGGAAUAGGCAGGGUUCCGGUAUUAGCUGAGAUCGUCAACAAGGGCUGUUGGGAUCGCGGUUCAUGGGAGCCACUCCCAGUUCAUUCGUAUUGUCUUGAUAUAUACGCUAAAGCAUCAUAUCGCCGGCUAGGCCAUGUCGAUUUGCACGGUAUCUGGCUCUGGCGGGAGCUGUGCGAAAAUCUGUCGAGGUUUGAGUUCGCGGAUGAGGUAAAACUGCCCUACCCUGGCACUGGGAAAACAAACGAAGUUGAUCCAUUUCUCCACCAUGCUGGUGACGAACGGAUGGUCGCAAACCCCGUGGAAAUACCAGGAUUAGUAGACAUGCUGAAGGACCGCCUCAUCAAUAGUACUUCCGGAACUAUCAUUAAACGAACACAGUCACCUCUAUUCGCAUUGCCAGUCGAGCUUCUUAACAAAAUCUUCGUUCUUUUGGAUGACCCAGGUGUUAACGCAAUAGCAGUCACCUGCCGCACAUUUCGCUAUCGUGCACAGCCUCUGUACCGACACCGGGUUAUCAGAGACAUGAGCUGGCUCUGGAAAGUCCUCGAAGGUCGACCAUAUCCAGUGUCGCCAGAUUGGCCGGUAACCUGGGACCCAUGUAAUCCACCCGGCCUUGUUCCACCUGAGUUACCCCUCGGGUUAGAAACACAGAAGAUCGAGACUGAGAUUUGGGCCCAAAUCACAGCUGAUGAUCCAAAUAUGAGUGAUGUUGGCAGGGCUGUUCAAUUAGUCAACUUCAUACGCCGAGAGGCAAUACUGUGUUCCUAUCGCGCAAGAUUGGAACGCUCGCUUCGCGAAUGGCAGGACAUCCGCACAGAAGUUGAGGGCUGGAUCUGUUCCCUACCUCCAAAUGAGGAUGUAGGUUGGGUCCAUCUUUGGUACUCCUUCGCACCUGAAAAGACUUCUUUAUCAGGCAUACGUAAUCGUGUGCGCAUCUGGAAGGAAUGCGAACGGGUUAUAAGCUUUAUUUGCCGAUUGAGAGAUUCGAGACAACUGGACAAAAGCAAGGAACUCGACCGCGAGAUAAUGGAAGACGCAAAUAAUCCCUGGUGGGAGCAAUCAGCGCUAGUAAUGCAAGACAUUUUUCAUGGUAGAUUCUUGAGGAAACGUGAGUGGGAAUAUAAUUCAGUUAGAGAGGCUUUGUAA